UACUGAUACUCUUAUCUUCUUUUUUUUUUUCUUUUUUUUAAUCUCUUGUGAUGGCAAAAGGUCCAAGAAUCUAUUAUAGUACUGACACCAGUUAGCUAAACCUUCAAGUCCUUGUCUCCCGUCUGUGUGCUCUCACCUCUUUGUUUUACGGCCUCCAUUAUAUUCAUUUUUGGAGGGAAGAGACUUUGAGGAUUGUGAUUGGAACAGAGAAAAAAUGUUGCGGAGAUAUCUUUUGGCAGUUGUAGUGUUGAUUAAUGUUCUUGAACUUGCUAGAGCUAGUCUGUGCACUGAUGGGGGAAAGCCACAUCGGAUUCUUUUGGAUACAGAUGUUGAUACUGAUGAUUUCUUCGCUCUUUUGUACCUCUUGAAGCUUAACAGAUCAGAAUUUGAAUUGGAGGCAGUCACUAUCAACACAAAUGCAUGGACUGAUGCAGGGCAUGCCGUGAACCAAAUCUAUGACAUUCUUUACAUGAUGGGUCGUGACGAUUUAUCUGUUGGAAUGGGAGGUGAGGGUGGAAUAAAAGAAGAUGGUCACAUACUUCCGGAUGUUGGUGGUUAUCUUCCUAUAGUUGAACAGGGAAAUGCAACUGCAGGAGGUUGUAGAUACAGACAAGCUAUUCCUGUUGGUCUAGGAGGACGGCUAGAUAUUGAUUCUAACUAUGGCAUAAGGAAAGCAUUCCUGCCUCAGGGCAGCAGGGGGUAUUCUCCUCUUCAACAGCCUACUGCCCAGCAAGUGCUGAUUGAGAAAGUAUCUGCAGGUCCUAUUACCAUUUUCAUAAUAGGAGCUCAUACAAAUAUUGGGAUUUUUCUUAUGAAGAAUCCACAUCUCAAGAAGAAUAUCCAGCAUAUAUAUGUGAUGGGCGGUGGUGUGAGGUCAAAAAAUCCAACUGGUUGUUGCCCCAAUAAUGCAAGUUCAUCAUGCCAACCAAGACAGUGUGGUAACCCUGGUAAUCUGUUCACUGACUACACUAGCAACCCUUAUGGUGAAUUCAAUAUCUUUGGUGAUCCUUUUGCUGCAUACCAGGUGUUUCAUUCUGGAAUUCCAGUCACCCUUGUGCCCCUUGAUGCAACAAAUACCAUUCCAAUAAAUGAGAAUUUCUUUGAGGCAUUUGAGCAAAACCAGCACACAUACGAGGCACAAUACUGCUUUCAGUCCUUGAAAAUGGCUCGUGACACUUGGUUUGAUGACCAAUUCUAUACUAGCUAUUUCAUGUGGGACUCCUUCACGUCAGGUGUAGCAGUUUCUAUCAUGCGUACUUUGCAUAACCAAAAUGGAGAAAAUGAAUUUGCAGAAAUGGAGUAUAUGAACAUAACUGUGGUGACUUCAAAUGAACCUUAUGGGAUAAAUGACGGAUCGAAUCCAUUCUUUAAUGACCGUAAGGUUCCAAAGUUUAAUCUAGUGAAAGGAGGAGUGCACAGUGGUCAUGUUCAGACUGGUCUUCGAGAUCCAUUUUGCAUUGUGCAAAAUGGGAAAGGGAGAUGCAAGGACGGCUACACAGAGGAGGUAACCAGUUCAGAUGGAGUACGUGUUCUUGUUGCUACAAGAGCAAAGCCUAAUCCGGACAGUAAUAGCAUCCUUGACAGAGCAUACUUCAAGAGCUUUUUGGAUGUUCUUAACCAUCCUCAUCAGACUGGAAGGUUCAAUUUUACUACACAAUUUCCUCAUUACAAGAAAGUUUUCUACAAACCAGACUUCGGAACCAAAAGACUAGGGAAACCUGUUGUCUUCGAUAUGGAUAUGAGCGCAGGGGAUUUUCUGGCUUUAUUCUAUCUCCUUAAAGUGCCAGUAGAAAUAAUCAACCUCAAGGCGAUAAUUGUAACUCCAGUAGGCUGGGCAAAUGCUGCAACAAUAGAUAUUGUUUACGAUUUAUUGCACAUGAUGGGUCGCGAUGAUAUUCCAGUUGGUCUAGGAGAGAUAUUUGCAAUGAACCAGUCUGAUCCAAUUUUCUCUGCGGUUGGAGACUGCAAGUACCUUAAGGCCAUCCCUCACGGGAGUGGUGGACUUUUAGACUCGGACACUCUCUAUGGGCUUGCUCGUGAUUUACCGCGAAGCCCUAGAAGGUAUACUGCAGAAAAUUCUGUAAAAUAUGGAGCUCCUCGCGACACAGAUCACCCUGAGCUCAGGCAGCCUCUAGCACUGGAAAUCUGGGAUUCCAUUGUAAGGACAUUGGAUCCAGGAUCCAAGAUUACCAUAUUGACCAAUGGUCCCUUGACCAGUUUAGCCAAGAUAAUACAGAAUGAGAAUAACACAAGCUCUGUGAUUCAGGAUGUUUAUGUUGUUGGAGGACAUAUCAGCCAUAGUGAUACAGACAAAGGAAAUGUUUUGACUAUUGAUAGUAAUGAGUAUACAGAACUAAAUAUGUUUCUUGAUCCCUUGGCUGCUAAGACAGUUUUCGAGUCAUCACUUGACAUCACGCUAAUUCCACUCGGCGUCCAACGCAGAGUCAGUUCCUUUCCUAAGAUCCUAAGAAGUUUACGCAGCAAGACAAAAAGAACACCUGAGGAAUUGUUUGUGCAGCGUUUGCUAUCAAGGCUUUACCGCCUGAAAGAAACUCAUCACAGAUAUCAUCACAUGGAUACAUUCUUGGGCGAAAUCCUUGGUGCAGUAGUCUUAGCUGGGGAUCAUUCCAAGCUUGAGCCAAUCUGGCUAGCCAAACCUAUCAUGAUCCUUGCUGAAGGUGAUGAAUCGAAAGAUGGACAAGUUGUGAUUGAUGAAAAACAAGGAAAAUUUGUCAAGAUAUUGGAGAAUGUAGAGCUUGAGGCACAUUAUGAUCUUUUCGCGAAGCGACUUGCCGUUAAGAAGCAAUCUGCUGUCGUUGGAAGCUUUGGUGAACAGAGAAGAAUUUGGGGUGUGCCACCAAAUUGAAUCAGAUGGGUCUCCUUACUGAUACAUUGGUCUGAACAUUAUACCCUGACAGCAGUAAAUGAUUUUUUAUUUUUAAUACUGUUAUUAGUGGAGGAUUUCACUGGAUCAAUCGUAUUUCCUGCAAAAAUAAUUCUUUCUGUUUUGUA